UUCCAACCUGAAUCAACAAUUGGCACAGCAGAGCCGAGCACACACAGAAACACUUGAUCGGGUGCCGCCAGCCAAACGACGUCGCCAUGCGCGCAUCAUACAUUUAAGUCGUCACAAUAUUGGAGUAAUUUAUUGAACUUCGAAUGAAACGUGGUCGGUGUGUGAUGGUACUUGAAAUCGAAGGCGAGAUACGAAUCGAUUAAAGCGUUAUGGCUGUAGUGUUUCAAUGAACAACGUCGCAGCUACAGAUUGGAUAAACUUGACGGAUUCCCCCCGAUGCACUAAUGUGUGAUUCUGAGUGUUGGCUUCAAGUACCGAUUGAGAGAGCCGAUUGCAAUUAGUCUGUCGCGAUUGCCGGUUGCUGCUUGAGACGAUGUCAUCUCGCGAAUAGCACCCCGCAUCUUUACGACGUCUUGUGCUCAAGCUCAACUGACAAAUUAUGAUCCGGUGUGGGGGAACUUCUGCCAAGUCAAGUCAAGUGUCUGUGUGUAGUAAAAGAGCAGCCGGUUCCCAUCACUCUUAACUGUUCGAUUCCGCUACCUUUCGACCUUCGCGUCACUUGCUGGCUGGCUACUGCUGGUGGUCACUAGCCCCCGGACAACGGCGGUGGUGGUCGUCGUCAUCAUAAUCUGCGUCAUAACUCAAGGCGUUAUUGUCGUAGUCAGCCCAGUGCCAGUGCCAGUAUGAAGAAAAGAAAAGUCAAAUGAGACUCCCCGUCGCACUGCCCUCGAUAUCAGCUCCCAGUGUGGUCACCAGAAAAGAAAAAAAAAUACCAGUGAAAUCUAGUGAUGAUUGUUAAGGGCAACUAAGGAAGCAACCCCGGCGAAGAAAAAAAAGAAAAAGUGAAAACAAAGUGCAGAGUGUUUAAUAUAGUCACGGCCUCGCUUCCAGCGCGCAGCGAUACAGUUGUCGAUACGAAAUAUUGCGCCUCCAUUAGGAGCGCCCUGAACACCCUGAACCCACCCACCCACGAUGAAGUGGAACAAGAAGCCAAAACAAUCGAUAUCGAGCGUGACGUCCAUGUCCUUUUUGUCGGACGAGAAUCUGACAUUCCACCGCUUUUCCGAUGGUACCAUUUCAUUUACAUCGGAGCGUAAAAAAUCCGCCGAGGGUGUUCUGGGCAGCAUUGGGUUCGGCAAACCGGGUCAAACGCUAACCAUCGACCGGGCCGCCCACCUCCGGAAGCAGUCGUACGCUGCGACGGCUUCGACCCCGAUCUGGACCACCCACACGGCGUUCAACAACUACACCAGUAACACCAUUGCCAACAGUAAUCACAGCGGGAGCAGUAUUACCGAUAACAAUGCCAGUACGACCACGGCCGGAAUUCCGACGGCCAGCGACCUGCGGUACCUGUCCUCGCCGACCAAUGCCAACAAUACCAGUGUCAUGCACAACGGGUCCACCGUCAAACUCCUGUCGACCAAAGUCACCUCGCAGACCAACGUCGCCGCCGACAGCGAUGAUCACACAAACAAACAGUCAAGAUCAUCAAUAUUUCGCGGCGUGAUACUGUGUCUGUGCCUGAACCUAACCUACGCCAAUGUGGCCCGGUUCCCACGCGAGCUCCAGCAGCAUGGAUCGGCUUUCCUCGUGCCCUACGGCAUACUGUUGCUCCUGGUGGGGCUGCCGGUUGUGCUGCUCGAAAUUUCACUGGGCCAGUUCCUCGGGCAGGGAUCGGCGCACAUGUGGCGCGCGGCGCCCUUUCUCAAGGGUGCCAGCUUGGUCGGACGAAUCGCCUCCUGGCUGGCGGCGAUCUGGACCUCGAUGCAUUCGGUGAUUGCGCUACUGUACGUAGGAAUGUUGUCAUUCAAAUCUGUGCCAUUUAGAGAGUGUAAUAAGGCCGUAACGAUCAACCAGCAGUCCAUUCAUGACGGUUACGAUGUGGAACCCAAUAGCGGACAGGAAUGUUUGAAAUUAACAUUUCUACGUCCAGUGUGGCGAAGUUCUCUCUACUUUGGACUGCUUGCGUUGAGUUUGAUUCUUUUGUGGGUCAUUUCGAUGGUAUGUACACACAGUGGAAAGAUCAACCGACGGUCGAUUUAUUUGUUUGGGUUUUUGGCGUUGGUGUUGCUGAUCUUCGAGACCGGUUGGGAAGUCACGAAAGCCAUCAAUGACGAAUAUGUGCCAGGAUUGUGGCCAUUCUCUCCGGAGUCAUUUGCUGAUAGUACACUGUGGUUCAAUGCUUUAGUGCAAGUCAUCUACUCGCUCAACAUUGGUAUCGGAGCGGUGCCAGUUAUUACGGGGAAGUUCCUAUACAAAGGAGAUGCCAUCAAAACAUCAUUCGUCUACAUAUUCUUCAACAUUCUAAUCACGUCGAUCGCAGUGAUAUUCUACGUAUUCCAAUUCCACAACAAUGCGAACGAUCCUCACCUCUUGUACCCCGAACUGACACCAUUGACGGCCAUUUACGAUCGGGCUGUAACGGUCCACGAACUAGAUCACCUCAUACAACAGCUGAUCCCAGCUUUGGGCUACGCCCUGCUCUUCAUAUCUUCGAUCGUGUCCUUAACAAUCUACAUCUACACUUCCACCAGAAUGAUUCGAAAGCACCCCAACUACACCGUGUGUCUGGCAGGCCUAGUUGUCGCAAUAGCUGGACUAUUGUGCCCGAACUACAUCUUCCCGCGGAUCCUGGACACACGGAUCGUUGGAUCGCUGAUAGUUUGUGCGAUGAUUUUCGAAAUAAUUCUGAUCAUCUGGGUGUACGGGUCGAAAAAUUUGUACACUGAUCUUGAGUUUUCGCUGGGGCGACCUGUGCUCAAAGCAUGGCUGUUCAUUUGGGGAAUGAUUCCGGUGCUACUGAUAGCAAUUCUUUCGUGGUGGACAAUUACGUACUUUGACAACGAUCUACUAAUCGACUACUUCCCAAAGUGGCUGCCGGUGGUGUUCAGUUUGGGUGUGAUCAUGUUGCUGGCUUGUGUGGAAAUCAGCAAACAAGUAGAUUACAACAUAUUCAGUAUGAUACAUGGAGCUACGAAGCCGUCGAAAGAUUGGGGACCAGCUGACCCCCUGGUGCGACAUGCUUGGAAGCAAUGGAAGUCUGUCUGCGAGGACACCGGAGAACGAGACUUCACCUUGAGGCGGCGAGGCACAAAAGAUUACACCAACUCUAUCAAAAAGGGCCAGUAUUCCCACUCCAACAAGUACGGAGUAUCCAACAAAAACCUUUCUACCGCGGGAAGCAACUCACCGAACUAUAGUGGCUCUGUGUUUGGGGACUCAGCCAUAGAGGAGGACAUUAGUGUAGACAAGUUUCCACAGUACAAGCAACAGAAUUCAGCCUACAGCAUCGAUUCCAACAAUGACAAGUCCCCUCACACUUCUGCCAGUUCGCGGAAAUCCUCCCACAACGACAAACGAACACCAAGUGAACGAAGUCAGGCUGGACUAAUUAGCUCCCGGAAAACCUCCGACAGCUUCACGUCUCGCAUAGAAAUAAUGGGGGAUGAUCAUGGCUACCGAGGUGCCAUCGUGCGCAAUCCACUAGCCAAAACCGACGGAGCUCAAAAUUUCAAAAUCAGCCAUCACCACCUGGCACCUCCCGCACCAACACAUCUCACUUCCUCACAAACGACGACCAGUCAACAGCCUGCGAAGCCGCAAAACCACCAAAAUGGCCACUCCAAAAACCCCUACCCGGAGGAGGGCUACAACCGUGACAUCUACAUCAGCAACGGUCAAGCGGAUCACAUUUGUUGGCGGAAAUUUUCCAUCAAUUCCGAAGAAUAUUCAACCGAGCUUUAGAAACAGUUAACGCAGCUUUUUUAGCUAGGCUUCUUCGGAACUUUUUGUUUGCGAUUAAGCGAUUUGUUACAUUUGUUAAAUUUUUGUACAUAUUAGUUCAAAUAGCGACGAGCUUAACGCGUAGGUACUUAUUAGCUCUGCACCUCUUUGCAGUUACGAAACAAAGUCUAGUGAAUAUAUGUAUCAUAUGACCGUGGUAUGUAAGGAGAAAGGCCAAACUUAUUUAUUAAAGCUACACCUGAUAACCCAAAACAGAAUCUAGUAUCAUUGUAUCUUUUAAUUGUUUCUCUCUAUUAUCUGUUCUUUCCUGUGAAACUUUAUUCUUAAUCUUUGUUGAUAUACACUCAAUGCGAUUUGUAAGUAAAUGUAUUUCCAAAACUCACAUUCCCUAAGUUUGUGUUAGGGUUAAUAAUAGGACUGAAUCAUAGAUGAUAUUUAAAUUUUCAUACUUUUAUGUAUAAUAGAAAAAAGUACUUUUCAAAACAAUUGUAAAAUAGUUUAUAGAGCCUGAAAAGGUAUCAUCUCAUUGUAAAGCAAACAGCCAAAUUAGACAACAAAAGUAAGUUGGACAGUUUGUUUGCGAAAUCAGUCUCGCUUAAACGCACUGUCCGAACGAAAGAAUACACCCGACGAAAGUGAUUAUUCCUGCAUAAUCAGCUUGGACUGUGUGUCUGUUUGAACUAUUCCUAGAAAAAUUAAGUCAAAAGUACCGUGUAUAAUUGGUUAAAUAUUAACAAAGCAAAUCAGCAGAUAUAUCGGUGAUGUUAAUAACGAAUGGAUCAAUAAAGUCAAUUGAUUAAAGUGAAAAAAAGAAA